CUUUAUAAAGUGCUGAUGCAGGAAGAGAGAAGCCGACUCGGAAAGAUGGCGUACUAUCAGCAACAACAGGGAUAUGGACAACCUCAGGCCCCUCCGCCCGGUGGCGUAGAUCAAGGCUUUCUAUGGAAUGUAUUCCAAAAAGUUGAUAAAGACAGAAGUGGUCAGAUUAGUACCAAAGAGCUUGGGGAUGCAUUGUCCAAUGGAUCAUGGACACCGUUCAACCCGGAGACCAUCCGUCUGAUGAUUGGUAUGUUUGACCGGGACAAUUCUGGAAGCAUCAACUUUCAAGAGUUUGCUCAGCUGUGGAAAUAUGUAACGGAUUGGCAAAACUGUUUCCGUACUUAUGACCGUGAUAACUCGGGAUCCAUCGAUAAAAAUGAGUUGAAAACAGCCAUGACAGGAUUUGGGUAUCGCCUCUCUGACAGAUUCUAUGACAUCUUGGUGAGAAAAUUUGACCGACAAGGACGAGGAACAGUUGCCUUUGAUGACUUCAUUCAGUGUUGUGUUGUCCUGCAGACUUUGACGGCAGCCUUUCGACAGCAUGACACAGACCAAGAUGGAUGGAUUCAGAUAGGUUAUGAACAGUUCUUAACGCUGGUGUUCAAUCUCAAGUCAUAAUGUGCUUUAUUAAAAGUCUUUUUAGUUAUUUCAUGUAUAGAGCUGCUGUGUAAAGAUGGUGUAUUUCUGAUACAAAGACGGUCAUACAUACACAAAUGUUGUAGGAAAAGGCAUUUAUAAUGUGUAAAAUUGCUAUUUGUUUAAAUUAAUUCAGCAUGGAAAAUUUCUCAAUUUUUCAAUCAUAUACGAAAAAUGACUUUUGAUAUUUGUUAAAUAAUCAUCAUGCUUCAAUUUUUUCAAAUACAAACAACAGUUUUUUUCAUAUUAAAAAUGUGUUGUUUUUUCACUUUAUUUUCAACUUUUGAUAUUAAUUCAGUAGUUAUGUAUCCAUAUCCUAUUUAUGCUUACAUAUAUCCCAGAAACCACAUUCUACCUAUCAGUAACAGACUGUAAUGAUAUAGAUGAAGAUAGCAAGCAAUAAUUGGUAUGCAUUGGCAAUAAUCAACGAACAGGAUUCACAAUCUCAAAGAGAUUUAAUGCAGGCAGAUUUAUUUUGAAGAAAAUUUUCAAAAUUUAAAAUAAUUCCAAGGUAUUUUUACUGAAGGAUUCCUUAACCAUUUAACCAAGAAGAAGUAAUUAAAGUUUUCUACAAAAUUGUUUGUUCUUUUCUCAAAUAGACAGCAGGACACUUGUUAAACAGUAAGCUUAAGAUCAUUGCAUGAGUAAAUAGAGUGAGAAUUGAUGUGCCUGACAGUAAUUUUACAGUUAUGUACUGUAGAUCCUCUGUUUAAUUAUAGAAAGUGUCACAAAGGAGAGAGACAGUGGACAUUAUUCAUUUGGAUGUAAUUCAAGAUAUUGGCAUUUUUGGUUUUUCUUAAGUGCAACUAAAGUUCCUUGACCAGUAUUAAUUAAACGGUACCAGGUAUUAACAAUUGAGCACUUUGUACAAUGAUAAAUGUGGCAGUAAUGUCAAUUAAUAUUUUUCGAUCCUAUAAUACUUGAUAAAAAUGGUUUCAGAAUUGAUUGAAAAAAGUUUUGGUCAUGAACAAUAGAGCAUUAUCCUACAUCCAAAUAUUAAAGGUAAAAUAAUAAUUUGAGAAAUUAUUUCUCAAAUGUAGUUUGAUACUUUUUGCAGAAAUGACCUGAUUAAUUUUGUACAUUUUGCAUGGUUGUAUGGUUGUGUGUGUACAUUUUGGUUUGGUUUGGUCUGACAUGUUCAGAUUGUUUUUCUUGUUUAACUAGUGUAUUUAUACCAUCAGUAAUAAGCCUAUAUCAUGCUGCUCAGUAGUUUCAAGCACCCUUAAAUAUGAGAUAUGCUGUAUAUUAAUUUUGCCGAGCUUUAGUUUGUGGAUUUAGGACUACAGUAAAAGUUUAUUUUAGCACUUCAUUUACACUUAGUUAAUUGUACCAUACAGGGUAUGAUUUCCUGUUCCUGUGAGUCUUUUGUGUUGCAGGAAAGAGGUAAAAAGGUAUCUAACAAGGAAACUAGAAGCAAAUGAUUUUGAAAGUGGAUGUCCAGAAUGUUUGCUUCACAUUGACUAAAUAUUUACGGUGAUGAAUUCUUUUUCAAAUUUGUGCUGUAAAAACCUGGUUUAUAUUUCCACCAUUAUCAACUUUAACAAGAGAAGGAAUAUUUAACAUUGGGCAAAACAUGCAUAACAUAUAUAUAUAUAUAUAUAUAUCGUAUUAGAUAGUGACCGGAAGUGUUUAUAAGGUUGAACUAAACACAGGGUCAAGUUUUGAAAAGCCACAGAAUGAGAAUUUCACAGGCAAAAGUAUUGCUUUACAGUGAAAAAUGGACAUAGGUGUUUUUGUCUCUAUAUAAAGAAGAUGUCAUGAACUGUUCAAUACAAUAUAGCAAAUGAAUACAUAAUAUAUCAAAUUAAAACUCUAUUGACCUGAU